GAAUAUGACGUUCCAUUUUGUUCUAUAAAGGCCCUCCCCUUUCUUCGUCACGUCCUCUUUCAAUUUGGUGUCUUCGCUGUAGAGACACAUCUCCACAAGAUGAGAGCAAAGUGGAGGAAGAAGCGUAUGCGCAGGCUGAAGCGUAAAAGGCGAAAGAUGAGGCAGAGGUCCAAGUAGACUGGCCCAUUCCCCUACUGCUGUGACUGUUUUUCUCCGCCCACUCCAAGCCCUCUGAAGCCAGCGGUCCAUGAUUUGAAAAGAGCUGAACCAUGGUGGUCUGACGCUGGUCUCGUUGGUGUGAAGGACAGAUUCUGCCUACCCAGCCCUCUACUCUGCCAAUGGCUCCUGGCCGUUGACUUCUGCUAGAAUCUCUCCUGUCGUUAAACUCUGGCCUUUUACCACCUGCACAGCUGAUUUGUUGUAAAGACCAUAAUAAAUAUUUGGUUUACUAACUACAUUACAGUCUCUGUAAACAUUGAUUCAGGUUCAAAACUUAUUUUAUUGGUGACACACAUUUAGUAGAUAUUGCGGGUGUAGUGAAAUUCUUAUCUUUUGGUCCACCCAACUUGCACUACACUUAAUGCUUUUGAUGUUGGAAACUAAUAUCUAGUGAACCAGUUGAUGCUUUUAAAUCCCCGUUGCAGUACAUUUUGGUUUACAUUUGUACAGUUAUAGACUUUGAACUGCCCUGGGGAUCAGUAAUAUAGUUGAGGUUCCGGCUUAACUUCUCUGGCAUAUGAAGAUGACAUUGGCAAGAGGCCUUGUACUAUUGUGCCUGUCCUAACCAAUGACUUGCAUUCAGUUGCACAAACCCUUUCUGGAAUAAUGGUACUAUGACAAUCACUUGCAGGUAUAUCUUGUUUGAUGCAAACUGGAAGGACUGGUCUGUGGGGCCAUCUAAUGGCUAUUUGAGGCAAACAGCUAAUGGGAACAUGUCUUCAAAACUUAAAUUAAGUUCCUGAACAGUGGUCUUCCAGUGUGCCAAGUUCUCUUAGACCCCUGAUUGGCAUGUUUCCUCUGAUCCUCUUAAUGGCAUUCUGGCAGGUAUGGCACUGCUUGUGACUGGAAGGUGCAGACAGCCCAGCGCAAGGCCUGAAACUGCCAAAGACACUUCUGUGCUGCUGUCCAUCUGUUUCUAUCCCCAGGCAGUAAGACUUAUAUAGCUAACUACUGCUUUCCUGUCCACAUUGAUUGCCAUUAAUAUUUAUCCUGCUACUGGUAGUUAAAAUAAACUAACACAUGGAAUCGUGUUACCAAAAGAGUGUUAGAGAAAUCAAAAAUGAUUAUCUGAAUUUCUUCAAAGUAGCCACCUGUUGCCAUGACAACUUAGCAUAUUUGGCAUUCUCUCAACCAGCUUCAUGAGGAAUGCUUUUCCAACAGUCUUGAAGGAGUUGGUACUUUUCCUUCAAUCUGGUCCAACUCAUCCCAAACCAUCUAAAUUGGGUUGAGGUCGGGUGAUCUGAUGCAGUACUCCAUUCCUUGGUGAAAUAGCCCUUACACAACCUGGAAGUGUGUUUUGGGUAAUUGUCCUGUUGAAAAACAAAAUAGUCCCACUAAGCCAAAACCAGAUGGGAUAUCGCUGCAGAAUGCUGUGGUAGCCAUGCUGGUUAGGUGUGCCUUGAAUUCUAAAUAAAUCACUGUCACAGGCAAAGCACCUUCACACCCACCAUGUUUUGCGUUGGGAAUCACACUUGUGGCGAUAAAUCUGUUCACCUACUCAUCUGGCAAAGAUGGUUGGAACCAAAAAUCUCUUGUGCACUCAUCUGACCAAAGGAUAGAUUUCCACCGGUCUAAUAUCCAUUGCCCAUGUUUCUUGGCCCAAGAAUCUCAUAGUGUCCUUUAGUGGUUUCUUUGCAGCAAUUUGACCAUGAAGGCUUGAUUCUCGCAUUCUCCGAACAGUUGAUGUGUCUAUAACAAACAGAAGCAUUUAUUUGGGUUGCAAUCUGAGGUGCAGUUAAGUCUAAUGAACUUAUUCUCUGCAGCGGCGGUAACUCUGGGUCUUUAAUGUGGCAGUCCACAUGAAAGCCAGUUUCAUCAUAGCGCUUUUGCAACUGCACUUGAACAAAUGUUCAAGGUUCUUUUUUGGGAUUGACUGACCACGUUUUAAUGAUGGACUGUCAUUUAUAUUUGCUUAUUUGAGAUGUUCUUGACAUAAUAUGGAUUUAGCCCUAUUUGGUAAAAUACCAUCUUCUGUAUACCACCCCUGCCUUGUCAGAAUGCCAAGUGUGUGCAAAGUUGUCAUCAAGGCAAGGAGUGGCUGCUUUGAAGAAUCUCAUAUAAAUCCUAUUUUGAUUUGACACUUUUUUUGGUUACUACAUGAUUCCAUGUGUUAUUUCAUAGUUUUGAUGUCUUCACUAUCUUCACUACAAUGUAGAAAAUAGUCAAAUAAAGAAAAACCCUUACAUGAGUAGGCAUGUCCAAACUUUCGACUGGUACUGUAUAUUCUUAUGCGCAACGCGGAGUGCCUGGACAUAGCCCUUAGCUGUGGUAUAUUAACCAUAUACCACAAACCCCCGAGGUGCCGCCUUAUUGCUAUUUUAAACUGGUUACCAACUAAUUCGAGCAGUGCAAAUAAAUGUUUUGGCAUUCGAGUGGUAUACUGUCUGAUAUACCAUCGACUGUCAGCCAAUCAGCAUUCAGUGCUCGAACCACCCAGUUUAUAAAUGACCAUUAAUAUAUUACCAUAAGUAUGUAUAUAUUCCUGCUACCAGUCACUUUUCAGCCUGGUUUACAUGUAUAUUCCACUACCAGUCACUUUUUAUUUAUAAAUCCACCUCAACCGCUCCAGUACCCCUUAACAUUUAGUAAGGUACUGGCAGUGACCUGUAUGUACUUGCAUUCUCGUGUUUCUAACUCACAUUGUAGUUUUUGUGUGGUUGACAUUUCUUAUAUUGUUGGGAAAGAGCUAUCAAGGUACAGUUUUACACCUGCUGUGUCCUGUGCACGUGGCGAAUAAACUUUGAAACUUGAAAAUAAUAAUUUUCUUGACCCCAAAUGUAUAAUUAAUUUGAGAACCGGAAUACAAGACUAGCUCCUUCCACUGAGGGACGAUAGUGAGUCGUUUUCGACACAUAUCCUGCGUUAAGACACCACUGAGAAAGAAAAGUCGAAACCAUUUUUUUUUUACAGUCUGGUGUAAACAGAAGGAUAUGGCCGACGAGAGGGGUGCAGGCGACAACAAUAUCAACGACAACAUGGGCAACCAACUACAACUCUUACCCGAAAAUGAAGAGGAAGAGGAGAAUGAGAUGGAGACUGAGGACCGUGACAGUGAGGAUGCAGAAAAACCAAACAUAAACUUUGACCCCAGUCUUCCAACUUCACAUGCUUACCUGGGCUCAGACAUGGAGGAGUUUCAUGGGCGCACAGUGCACGAUGAUGACAGCUGCCAGACCAUCCCAGUGCUGCCGUUCACAGCUGUCAUGCUGAUCCCAGGACAGACCCUGCCGCUGCAGCUCUUCAGACCGCAGGAGGUCAGCAUGAUGCGAAGCAUUAUCCAGAGAGACCGCACCUUUGCUGUUCUUGCACACAGUGAAACAGGCGAGGUGCAGGCAGAGUUUGGGACGACGGCUGAGAUCUAUGCUUACCGGGAGGAGCAGGAGUACGGCAUUGAGACAGUCAAAGUGAAGGCAGUCGGGCGGCAGCGGUUCAAGGUCCAUGAGAUCAGAACCCAAGCAGAUGGAAUCAGACAGGCCAAGGUGCAGAUCCUCCCCGAGCGGAUCCUUCCAGACCCCCUGACUGCAGUGCAGCUCACGCCCCUGUCCCGCCUCCACAUGCACCCCUCCUCCAGACCCCCUGCCCAGAGCUGCAAACAGGCCCAGCGCUGGUGGGCCACCUACCGCCAGAGGAAGUUCCACUGUGCCAACAUGACCUCGUGGCCUCCCUGGGUCUACGCCCUCUAUGACUCUGAGACUCUGAUGAAGAGAGUGAAGAGACAGCUCCAUGAGUGGGACGAGAACCUCAAGGAUGAUUCCCUCCCCACAAACGCUAUAGAUUUCUCCUAUAGAGUGGCUGCCUGUCUGCCCAUAGAUGAUGCCCUUCGGCUCCAGCUGCUGAAGAUUGGCAGUGCCAUCCAGAGGCUGCGCUGUGAGCUGGACAUCAUGGCCCGGUGCACCUCGCUGUGUUGCAAGCAGUGCCAAGAUACAGAGAUCACCACCAAGAACGAGAUCUUCAGCCUGUCUCUGUACGGCCCCAUGGCAGCCUACGUCAACCCCCACGGCUACGUCCAUGAGACCCUGACCGUCUACAAAGCCAGCAACCUCAACCUGGUCGGUAGGCCGUCCACGCUCCACAGCUGGUUUCCAGGGUAUGCCUGGACGAUUGCUCAGUGUCGUACCUGUGCUUCACACAUGGGAUGGAAGUUCACAGCCACCAAGAAAGACUUGUCCCCUCCUCGUUUCUGGGGCUUGACCCGCUCGGCCAUGCUGCCCCGCAUCCCCCAGACUGAGGGUGAGGAGGGGGAUGAGGGCUCCCGCCUGCUCUGCCUGUGACAACAUGGGGAACUCCCCUCCCCACCCCCCAUGUCCCCAAUGGCUCUUCGAUCGCCCCACCCUGUCCACUGGGCAAGGGUCUCUAUUUUAGUAAUCGAGGCGUCCCGCCCAACCCCCUGACAGCCAUUGCAGCACAUUUAUCAUAUUAGUGUAAAGGUCAUCCUGCUUUAAAAUGGCAUUUUCUAACAUAGAGGGGGGGAGCAAGGAGGAGGUGGGAGGGGUGUUUUGUUCCUGACUGCAGGGACACUGCUGAUGGAAUGCGUUGCACAUCGACAGAUAGAUGUGGGGAAUGGAGCAAGAGAUUAGUUCUGCAACACAGCAUAUCUUCCCCAUAGCAUGCUACUCUUGACCUGUCUGUAUGGCUGUCUACUGUGGUCUGUCUAUCCAGCUUCUAUGCUAUUUGCCACAGACACGGCACUCACCGGUGCAUUGCCACUUGCUCUUAAACAUAGUGGGUGUGACUGCAUGCGGUAUCCAGCUAGGUGUAUAUAGGCUUAUAGACAGCCAUCAAGAGGACCUUCAGUACCCAUAAUCUAUCUCUAAACAAACCAAUCAAUAGAAAGCCACUUGUGAUUCAGGUCCACUGUUUGUCCUUGAUGUGUUUCUCAGAGAAGCUCAGUUCAGCUGGAUCGGUCAUAGAGAGUUAAACCAUGUCAAAUCCACGGUUUAUAUGAAAGUAUACUGCUUUUACAAGGAUGUAUCAUGCCUUUGUUUCAUAUGUCCGUUGAAUGCAUAUGAUGGAGAAAUUCGGAACAUGAACAAUGUAAGGAAGCUAUUGCUUUAUUUUGAAAUGCGUGGAAAUAUAUUAUUUGAUUGGUUUUCAUAUUUUCACAUUGUCUAAAAUGUACACUAUAUGUAAUACACAUGUAGAGAUAGAGGUUUCUAUUUUGAAACAGGUGGAGGCCCAUUGAACUGCAAGACACUGUUCCUCUGAAGACAAGGAGUACCUCUGGUUAGUGAAGACUAGAGUUGGUUUGAUGCCUGGUGUAAUAUAGACUUGGAUAGCAGGGCACAAGGCAGUGGAGCCAGAGAUACUAGAAUUUCAGUCUUUCACCAUGGUUCUAUAUGUGAUGUUGCUGCACUAAGGGCAUGGCUGGAUGGCGUGCCUAUGGUCCAAAUCAAUGUCUAAUGAGCCACACAAUUAAAUGGACAUUGUGUUAAUUAACCUGUAUUGGUUGAAAAUGGCAACAUUAUAUCAAGUGUUACCUACAUAACUAUAUUUUUGUUGAGAUCAAUGUAUUUGUUUUAAAUUAAGAAUUGUAUUCCUUGCUGAUGUACAAGGUUAUUUUGGCUCAUGUUUGUAAGUAACUAAUAAGAAUCAAUGUAGCAAUUCUGGUCUGACAUAGCUGAUUUAUCUAUGUAGAACCUCAACACUCUUGCCCCUCCCAUUGCUGUGUAUUUCCAUUUUAGGACAUGUAAUACAUGAUUGAUUUGUUCAGCUCGAUUAUCAACAUUUGAGUAAAGUAAUUCCACGCAAUAAGAAAUGUUCUACAAUACGA